UAAAGAGAGCGAAGGAAUCCCAAGCUCGGAGCCAUAACAUACCUGUUGACAGGGCCGUGGUUUACCAUUGUUCAUUCAUUGGAAGGAAGAAUCCUUUCACUCCUUGACUCAUAUGACGCUCUCACGGCGGUGACAUGCCUGUGCUUCUCACUCUGCGCCUUUGUCUCUGCUGUUGUCUUACAGGGUACAUUAUCUGCAGCCUGCGGGCUGACUUCAUAGUUCAUAGUUCCUACAGAGCGGUAUAUUCCAACAUGUCUAACCUAGAGAAUGGUCACUGUGAAUCGUGUCACUCCGCAUUCCAAUCGGCUGCCACUAGUCACUCCCAACGGUCAUUAGGUACUAAUCAUGGCGCGCGCCUACGGUGGUUGCCUGAGGUGGCAUCCUCCUUGUCGAUAGAUGGAUGUCGGACUGCGGAACAUUCAGUCUGUAGACUGCUCGUCCUGAAGUUGGUGGGACUAGGAAGCAAUUGCAGCAAUCUAGCAGUCCAGAAGACUAUCAUUUCAGCAGUCAACGCACCGCCGAAUGCGGCAAUAGACUCGGACAGCAGGUUCUUGAUGCCUCGUGUUUCAUGUUACACAGACAUCCAUCUCCUGCUUUAAGUUUAGCUAAUCCGCGCUUGAUUCUGACAGGCCGAUUGCGUCUAUUCCAGGUAGGAGUCUAGAAAACCCUAAUUAGUCGUAGAUAGCUGCACAGCCGCUCUCUGUGUUCCUUAGCGGGGCAAUCAAAGUAUACAAUCUUCCGCACCCAUCUUCAUGUCACUGUUAACGGAUUUACCCUGAUGGCUUAUAAGAGCGGCCUCUUGCCCUGAUAUUGUAACUCAGUAUCAACAUAUCCAUUACUUCUGUCGCACACAGCCCUGUAACCUUGAAGCGCGUGCCCCUCGCAUAGCCGCCAGCGACCAUCACGAUCC